UGUUCCAGCAGAUCGGGCUCAGCCUCGCCUCCUCCAUGAAUCGCUUGGUGACCUGGGAGCCGCCAGGAUGUGCCCCCGCUAGAGUUAUGGAAGCAGCCAACUUCUACUACGAGCCGCCCGGCGGAGCCGAGUGCCUAGGGGCCAAAGCCCAUCGCCGGGGACCCCGACCGGAGUCGGGCAACAUCGGUGAGCACGAGCGGGCCAUCGACUUCAGCCCCUACCUGGAGGCUGAGUGCGGGGAGUUCCUGUGUGAGCUGGGGGCCCAGCACUACAAACCGGGGCCCCUGAUGUACCACAAGAUGGAGGAGUCCCCGUCCAUCAGACCCUACCUGCCCUUCCACGCCGUGCCCUCCGGCAGCAGCGGCAACCUGAGCAGCGCUUCGUCCUGCAGCCCGCCCGGCACCCCCAGCCCCUCGUCCAAGUCGAGCGGCACCGGCGCCAAGCACAAGAAGUCUCUGGACAAGCACAGCGACGAGUACAAGGUUCGCCGGGAGAGAAACAACAUCGCCGUCCGCAAGAGCCGGGACAAAGCCAAGAUCCGCAACAUGGAGACCCAGCACAAGGUCCUGGAGCUUGCCGCAGAGAACGAGAGGUUACAGAAGAGGGUGGAACAGCUGAGCCGGGAACUCACUACCCUUCGGAACCUCUUCAAACAGUUACCCCCGGAGGCCACAGGGAGGUGCUAGGGGCACUGGAGGGACACCUGGAGCGCACCAUUGCUUCCUGGGGUCACGGAGACUGGCACCUCGGGUAUAAUGCCAACCCUCCUUACACCAGAGGAGGGUCAAGAGACUG